CGUUGACAAACAAACAGAGAUUUAAGCUUUGGGUUAGCUUUACUUUAGAUGAUCGUCUCUGAGCGAUGGAGGAUCCUCGAAAACAUCAGGUAUCGUUGAGAGGAGCAAGCGCAAGAGAAAUAUCAAGAGAUGCGCUACUCGAGAAAGUUUUUCAAGAGAGAGAGCAUCGCAAUUAUGCUAGAAAAGCUGCAUCCGCUUCAAUCUACAUCCAGAAAGUUUGGCGAAGUUAUAACGAGACUAGGAAAGUGGCUAUCAAAUUCCAAGAUGAAUGGGAAUGUUUGGUGAAAAAUCCAGCAGAGUUUAUGACGGGGGAAUUGAUUUCCAGCAGGGUUUUAAGGCCAUUUAUUUUCUUCAUUAAAUGUUUAUCUAUUCGUCGGCAAAAGAUUCUUCCCAGAGAAUUAAAAUGCACGCAAACUUGCUUUGGCAUACUCUUGGAAAGCAUAAAUUCAACCGAUUCAAAGAAGAAUAUUUGCUCCCUGAUCGUGGCCACGACUGAACUGAGAAGAACAUCCAUGUACCAAAUGCAAAUGCUGAUUUCACUCUGCUCGUUCAUUCUUUCAGAGUGUGAUACGUCUAGUGCAGGGAGUCAAGAUAUUGUCGUUUUGACAUCUCUCGCAUUACGUCUUCUUGUUGUCUUAACUGAUCUGAAAAAUUGGAAGAUUGCUAAUGAUGAGAACAUUAAGGAGGCAGAUGCUGCAGUGAAGAACUUGGUUACCUUUAUGGGAAGUUGUAGAAGUGGCCUUUAUGCAUCUCUGAGAAGAUAUAUAAGUAGAUUGGAUGUUUGUUUUUCUCCUAAAUUGAAAAGUAUUGUUCAGACUGAUGAUAAGUUCUUGAUCAGCGCAAGUGCAAUUACUAUAGCUAUUCGCCCAUUUAGCCUGACAACCUUUAAUAUGGCUGACUGUAGUAAGUUUGAAGUGCAUUCUGCAGCUGAUCAGUUCUGUUUAUAUUUACUUACAAUUCCUUGGCUCACUCAACGUCUACCAGCUGUUCUUCUACCUGCUCUAAAGCACAAAUCUACUCUUUCACCAUGCUUUCAACUUUUACUGAUUUCAAAAGAUAAAAUUGUAAGAAAGAUGUCAGACAUUGAUCAGUCCUGCAUGGACUGUUCUUUGAAUGUAGUUCCACCAGUUGGCUGGGCUCUUGCGAACAUUAUAGCCCUAACUGCUGGGAGUGAGAAUGACUUUCUGCAUUCCGGAGCCUUGAACCAAGGUCUAGAAUAUGCAUCCUAUGUCCAUGUUGUAACCAUUCUUGCAGACAACUUAUUGGCAUGGCUUCAUAAUGCUGGGUGGGAAAAGGUGAAUCAGAAUCUUGAAGGCAAUUAUGGAGCUUAUGAACCACCUGUCAGCAUGCAGGAGAACAACACUGCAAGUGCUUCCUUAAAGACAUCCUUCAUUGACCUAUUUAGACCUGUUUCUCAGCAAUGGCAUCUUAAAAUGCUUUUGGAAAUAUCAAAAGCAUAUGCUCAUACAGAUGAGACCAAGAUCCUAUCUCCAAACAACUUAGAAUCUAUGGAGAACUUGAGAUUGCUUGAUAUUGCAUAUUUCUACUCAUACAUGCUUAGGAUAUUUGCGGCAUUCAAUCCCAUGAUUGGACCAUUUCCUGUUCUCAAUAUGCUAUCUUUCACUCCUGGAUUUCUUGGCAACCUUUGGGGAGUGUUAGAAAGUUCCAUUUUCCAAGGGAAUAGGCACACCUUUGAAGAUGCUAAUCAUUCCAGAAGCAAAGGUUCGGGGAAGAAAAAAAAAGGAAUUGAUAAAAAACUAAAACAGGCCAGUAGUGAUGGAGUUGGUAAAUGGGCCAAUGUAUUGCAGAAGUUAACUGGAAAAUCACAAGUAGAGGUUGAUUUUUCAGAUCCAGCUGGAGAUGAUCAAGUUGACGAGGAUGCUUUUGAUAUUUGGGAUGUAGAGCCUUUCAGGCAUGGUCCUCAAGGCAUUUCAAAAGAUAUGUCUUGUCUUCUUCAUCUGUUCUGUGCCACCUAUUCUCAUCUGCUAUUAGUUCUUGAUGACAUAGAGUUUUACGAGAAACAGGAUCCAUUCACACUGGAGCAACAACGGAGAAUUGCUUCAGUGCUCAAUACACUAGUCUAUAAUGGUCUGUCGUAUAGUGUAGGCCAACAGAAUGCUUCUCUUAUGGAUUCUGCCAUCAGAUGCUUGCAUCUAAUCUAUGAAAGAGAUUGCAGACACCAGUUCUGCCCCCCUGCUUUGUGGCUUUCACCAGCUAGAAGGAGCCGGCCUCCAAUUGCAGUAGCUGCCAGAACUCAUGAAGUUCUAUCAGCUAAUAUCAGAUCAGAGGAUGCUGUAAUUGGUCACAACAUGGGUUCUGUAAUCACCAGUAUGCCACAUGUAUUUCCAUUUCAAGAAAGGGUUCAAAUGUUUAGGGAGUUUAUCAGCAUGGAUAAAGUCUCUCGGAAAAUGGCUGGUGAAAUAUCUGGUCCUGGUUCUCGAUCAAUUGAGAUAGUAAUUCGUCGAGGUCAUAUCGUUGAGGAUGGCUUUCGACAAUUAAAUUCACUUGGUUCACGAUUGAAGUCAUCAAUCCAUGUUUCUUUUGUUAGUGAAUGUGGCCUCCCAGAGGCUGGUCUGGAUUAUGGUGGAUUAUCUAAAGAAUUCUUAACUGAUAUAUCUAAAGCAGCUUUUGCUCCUGAGUAUGGAUUAUUUUCCCAAACAUCAACUUCGGACAGACUUCUAAUACCUAAUGCAGCUGCAAGAUUUCUAGAGAAUGGUAUCCAGAUGAUCGAGUUCCUUGGAAGGGUUGUUGGUAAAGCACUCUAUGAAGGAAUAUUACUAGACUACUCUUUUUCACAUGUUUUUGUGCAAAAGCUGUUAGGCCGAUAUAGCUUUCUUGAUGAACUGUCAACUCUUGAUCCCGAGCUUUACCGAAAUGUUAUGUAUGUCAAGCACUAUAAUGGUGAUGUUGAGGAGCUCUGUCUAGAUUUCACAGUUACUGAAGAAUCUUUUGGUAAACGGCAUGUUAUCGAGCUUAAACCUGGUGGCAAGAAUGUUUGUGUGACCAAUGUGAACAAGAUGCAGUAUGUUCAUGCAAUGGCAGAUUACAAACUCAACCGACAGAUACUUCCCUUUUCAAAUGCAUUUUAUAGGGGGUUAACUGAUCUUAUAUCUCCCUCUUGGUUGAAGUUAUUUAAUGCAAGUGAAUUUAAUCAGUUGCUUUCUGGUGGAGACCAUGAUAUUGAUGUUGAUGACCUCAGAAAUAACACACGGUAUACUGGUGGUUAUUCCGAGGGAAGUCGAACAGUUAAACUUUUCUGGGAGGUUAUGAAUGAUUUUGAGCCAAAAGAGCGAUGCAUGCUGCUAAAAUUUGUGACCAGUUGUUCCCGAGCUCCUUUACUGGGGUUCAGAUACUUGCAGCCUUCUUUCACAAUUCAUAAGGUUGCAAGUGAUGCUCCUCUUUGGGCUGCAAUUGGAGGUUCAGAUGUGGAGCGACUUCCAUCAGCUUCUACAUGCUAUAACACUCUCAAGCUUCCAACAUAUAAGAGGUUAAGCACUCUGAAAGCAAAGCUUCGUUAUGCAAUCAAUUCUAAUGCUGGAUUCGAACUUUCAUAGGGCCCUGAGAUAUUUAAUUGUGCAGGUGGUUUUCCGUUGUCACUGGGCUUUGUAACCAUGUCCAAGAGAGGCUGGUAUAUAUCGAAGACUACAAGUUUGAGUUCCGGAAACUUGUUCUGUAGGCUUAGAGAUGUGCUGUUCAGUUUAUUGUUGAAGGCUAUGGCAUCUUGGUUUAACCUGGCAACACACCCAUUUCUUCCUCCACCAAAUAGGGUGAUCGCUGCGGGUAAAUAACCUGAUGGUGGCAAGGUUGUCCCUCCAAUCUUCCUUGCUCCCAGCCCAUACAGAUUCUGUUUCAAACAUGAAAUAGUUGUGUGCUUUAAAGAAACCGGCAUGUGAGAAGCUCGCUAUUCAUUUUUCAUUAAACAUUUGCUAUGCUUCCAUUAAAAAUGCAUUUCUUCUUACUA